AUUUCUAUUCUAAGUAUAACUAUUUUAUGAACACCAAUCCACUCAUCUCCUCAACCAUGAUACCUCCGUCACCUUUUCCAUUACCACCUAUGAAUUCGCCUGGCUCACACUAUGUGCCCGGAAUUCCAUUGCCAGGUUUCAUUCAAUCUCCAUCAAUGCUAUUAAAUCAUCCAGGUGUUCCACAAUCGAAUACAUUGCCUCAAUUGCCUUCCUUAUCGGCAGAUAAUACUCCUUACUUUAAAAUGGGAUUUCAGUCAUCAAGCCCAGCUUUGCCACCUUCACAUGCAAAUUUGAUGAUGCCACCACCUAUGAUGCUACCUCCUCCUUCUUUUAUACCUAGUGGGAUAAUUCAAACACAAUCAUCUGAAAAUAAUGUAGAUAAAGGAAAGUCAAAUACUGCCUGGACUAAACAUAAAGCCCCAGAUGGUCGGACAUAUUAUUACAAUCCCACCACCAAGGAAUCUCGGUGGGACAAGCCUGUAGAAUUAAUGACACCUAUUGAAGCAGCCCUUACCAAAUGUCCCUGGAAAGAAUACAAAUCAGACGCCGGAAAGAUAUAUUACCACAAUAGCGAAACAAAAGAAUCCACAUGGAAAAUUCCGAAGAUCCUUGAGGAUCUGAAGGGAGCUAUGCAAAACGAAAGAAUUGGGUCGCAUGACACUUUAUCUGUUGUUACUAACGAGGCUAGCACUGAAGGAGCUAAGAAAUCCUCUGAUUCUUCUAACAUAACCUAUAAUCUCAAUGUCGCAAAUUUGGAAGAGGCGAAAGAGUUGUUCAAACAAAUGUUAAGGGAUAAAAAUAUACCUACUAAUCUAACCUGGGAUCAAGCUAUGAAAAUUAUAGUCAGCGAUCCUCGUUACACUGUGCUCAAACAAAUGAAUGAGAAGAAGCAAGUUUUUAAUGCUUACAAGACCCAAAGGGGAAAGGAAGAAAAGGACGAAAAAAGAUUGAAAAUUAAGAAAGCUAAAGAAGAUUUGCAAAUUUAUCUGGAGAAUCACGAGAAAAUGAGUUCUACCAUUAAAUACAAGAGAGCCGAAUUUUUGUUUGGACAAGAAGAAAUAUGGAGCUGCGUAGAAGAGAGAGACAGGAAGGAAAUAUAUGAGGAUGUUAUUUAUAAUGUGACCAAGAAGGAGAAAGAAGAAAAUAAACUUCUUCGGAAAAGAAAUAUUAAGGCCCUUAAAAAUAUUCUAGAAAAUAUGGCGGAUUUAGAUGACGUCACCACUUGGGCCCAGUGCCAACAGAUGCUUAUGAAUCACACCGGUUUCCAGAAAGAUUUAGAACUUCAACAAAUGGAUAAAGAAGAUGCUCUUUUAUGCUUUCAAGAACACAUUAGACAGCUGGAGAAGGAAUGGGAGGAAGAAAAGGAACUGGAGAAAAAAGCUACCAAGAGAUUGCAUCGGAAGAAACGAGAAGCAAUGAUUGUUUUGAUGGACGAAUUGCAUGAAAAGGGAAAAUUGAAUUCUAUGUCUCAGUGGGUCGAUCUUUAUCCCAUUAUUAGCGCUGAUCCUAGAUAUUCUGAAAUGCUAUUGCAACCUGGUUCAACUCCAUUAGACCUAUUUAAGUUUUACGUAGAAGACCUGAAAGCUCGAUUUUUUGAGGAGAAAAAGCUUAUCAAGGAUAUAUUGAAGGACCACAAAUUCACAAUGGAACCGGAAACUACAUACGACCAAUUUUGCGCCAUAUUACUCCAGGACGAAAGACACAUCACGCUCGACAUUGGAAAUAUUAAACUAGCAUAUGAUAAUAUGGCGGCAAAAGCUCGUACACGUAAACGUGAAAGUGCUAAAAUGGAGAGCAGGUUGGCAAAGCGAGCCGAGGGCGCUUUCUUGACUGCCAUGAGCCACAUUGCAUCAGAUGAUGCCGACGUUGAGCUUGAACUGGAAGAAGCCGCGUUGGAUGUAAGUGAACCUGAAACGGUAUGGCGUACACGCAUCAGACCUCUCCUCUUGGAAAAUCAAAAGGCCGCUCUGGAGGGUGUACCCCUCGAAUCCGAACGCUAUCGUCUAUUCCUCCGAUACCUCCAUGAGACCCGGGAUACUUGCGGACACCGUCAUUCCUCCAAAAAAAAUCGCAAGAAAUCUUCUAAACAUCACAAAAAAGAUAAGGUAGACUCUUCCCCCAACGUUCCAUCAAACGAAUCGUCUGAACAAGAUAGCAGCUCUUCUCCACUGCAAACCGGAGUAACUGAACCUGUUAUCACUGAACUGGGGUCAGAUGAAACAUCCCCGCUUAAAAUAGAAGCCAAACCUAAUGUCGUGUUUAUAAAGAAGAACAAGAAAGGUCGUUACAGAGGUCUUGACAAUCAAAAUCAACCUAUGGAUGAUAACAAAUGCCAAGCAAAUGAACGUGGAGAUAAAAAUUUUAAUAGAGAAUCUUUAGAAGAGGGCGAAAUGAUGGAUGAAGAAAGUCCUCACAGUUUAGAGAUUCUAACCAUCAAAAAUUUAGGCAAUCAGUCAAAUAAUGGAGAAAAUGUCAUAGAAGCACGAGAUUCCCAAUCGCCUCCCAACUUUAUUCGCAAUGCAAAACAAAGCUCUAAGGAUAAAGUUACUCCAGUAGAAAAUUUCAAUUCUGACGGGGAAUUAAGCUCAGGUGAUUCCUAGCUUCCUUUUUUCGUAAAAUAAUGACCAUUUUUUUAUAUAAAUAUUUUUUAAAUAUUCUAUCUUAAUUUGGCAAUAAUAUAUACAAUAUAUAUAUAAUAAAUGUAAA